AUGUCUUUCUCCGUUGGCAACGGCGGUAUGCGGAGAGCCUCCGUCAUCACCACCCCUCUUAUUGUUGUGUCCGUCGUCUUCCCCGUCCUAGCCGCAGUUUCUAUUCUCCUUCGUCUCAUUGCCAAACGACGGGGCCGCCAGCCUUUUCACGCAGAUGACUGGUGGAUUAUCGCGACUUGGUUUCUUACUUUCCCAAUGAGCGUCUUGUUCUGGGUCUUCUCCGCCAGCUCCGGCAUCGACUUUUACGAUAUCGGCAAUGUUCAAGGCACAUAUGACUCUUUAGAGGUUGCGUUUCUGACGGCUUGCUUACUUCAACUUCCUCUGUCUUCUGUCAAGAUCUCUGUCCUGCUUUUCUAUAAGCGUAUUUUCCAAAUCUCUAGAACCUUUCAAGUAUGCAUCUGGGUAGCCAUUGGACUCAUCACCGUUUGGUGCCUCGUAUUCACCGUUCUCGUGAUAACGCAUUCAGACCCCAUCUCCGAAUCCUGGCAUGGGGGCAGGAUGCGAUACGACAUGACAGCGAUGGGGUUAGCGCAAGUGGGCAGCAGCAUCGCACUUGACGUCGUCGUCCUAUGCUUCCCACUUCCCAUCGUCUUUAGUUGGCUAUUGUCCGCAAGGAAGAAAUGCAUGGUGUUUUUCAUGUUCUGGCUGGGUGCAUUCUGUUGCGUCGCCGCAAUCAUCCGCCUGGUUCUUCUCGAACAAACCCUCCAAGGGUUCGUAGAGUCACAACAAAAUAUUUCUCGCCAAUCGAACCAGUACAUUUUCAUGCUCAUCGAACCCAAUUGCUCUAUCAUCGCAGCAUGCCUGCCCUGCUACGGGCCACUGAUGGAAAGAAUCCGUGGCCGCACGGCCGAGUCGACCCCCAGCAGCAACCUCUCCAUGUCUUAUACGCGCAGCCGGACGUCCACUAAGAGCGCCUGGGGAGGCAGCACGUAUGAUGGUUCAUUUUCGAGAAGACAUGACUCCCAGGCCAAUCUCAAUACUCGAUAUGGAUGGCCAGGUGAGAGCCAACACGACGUGUGGUACACAGACAAAGGACUUGCUGUGAAGUCAUGA